AUGUCUGACUCGCUCGCCGAACAGGUUGAGCCUCAUGAGGUUAUAACUCGUGCGAUGAAGGAAAAGGCUGAGUAUUAUGAGUUUAUGGCCCGUUCCGGGAAACAAAUGGCUGAGCUUUUAGAGGAUAUGACUCGUAAGACGAAGGAAAAGGCUGAGGAUUAUGAGGAUUUGGCUCAAGUGGAGAAGGAACUGGCUGAGCUUUUAGAGGAUAUGACUCGUGAGACGAAGGAAAAGGCUGAGCGUUAUCAGGAUACGCCUCGUUCGAUGAAGCAGCUGGCUGAGCUUUGUGAGGAUACGACUCGUGCGAUGAAGAAACUGGCUGAGCUUUGUGAGGAUUGGACUCGUGCGAUGAAGAAACUGGCUUUGCGUGAUGUGGAUUCGGCUCGUGGGAUGAAGGAACGGGCUGAGGAUUAUGAGGAUAUGGCCCAUCGCAUCAAGGAAGUGGCUGAGUGCUAUGAGGAUGAGGCUCGUCAGAUGAACGAACAGGCUGAGCAGUAUGAGGAUAUGGCCCGUUCGAGGAAGGCAGUGGCUGAGCGUUGUCAGGGUUUUGCUCAAGCGAAGAAGGAACUGGCUGUGCAUUAUGAGGAUAUGGCCCGUCGCAUCAAGGAAGUGGCUGAGCCUGGUCAAGAUAUGCCUCGUGCGAAGAAGGAACUGGCUGAGCAGUAUGAGGAUAUGGCCCGUUCGAGGAAGGCAGUGGCCGAGGGUUAUGAGGAUAUGACUCGUUGGACGAAGGAACAGGCUUGGCGUGAUGUGGAUUUCACUCGUGCGAUGGAGCAACUGGCUGAGCGUCGUCAGGAUUGGGCUCGUGAGAUGGAGGAACAGGCUCAGUGUGGUGAGGUUUUGGCUCGUGCGAUGAAGGAACGGGCUGAGCGUGAUCAAGAUCGUUAUCGGGUUUUGGCCCGUGAGACAAAGGAACAGGUUGGGCGUUGUCGGGAUUUGGCUCGUUUGUUGAACACUUCGUUUUGCGUGGAGCUGAUGAUUCGGAAAAGAGACCUGCUGUCGGUCGCCGGGAAAAAUGAGCAAGCAAAACAGCCAAAGAUUGGAUACGGACGCAAGAUAAAAUCUAUUCUUAAUUCUUUGUGCUUGUCCUGG